AUUAAACUCAGCUCCAUUUAUAAGCAACUUUCAAACAUAUUGCUUUAUUCCAACGAUCUUUUAUGUCUCCUCCGUCAAUAAAGUAUGUGCAGUUUGGGCACGUUCUCUCUUUAAAUUUAUCUUUUUUGUCGCAAAAUUUGAACACCAAAGUCAUCUGUAAUGGAUUCAUAAACAGUAUUGCCAAGUUCAUUUAAUUACUUUAUUCUCGAUGAGGAUAACUAAGUUCACAAAGUUGGGGAUCUCCUUCCGAAAAGACCCUGUAUAAGCUAGAUAUCGUGUUGUUUAAUUUUGUGGAAGCACGUAGUAUGUCGAACGAUCCGUGCUUCGAACGUCCUCUCUUUGGUGGUGCCAUUUCAAGUGCCUUCCCCAAUAGGUUCCAGGAUGUAAGCAACAUUCGUCAAGUUCCAGAUCAUCAGGAGGUGUUUGUGGACCCUAACCGCGAUGAGAGUAUAAUAUUUGAGCUUUUAGACCUGAAAAGAGAUGUGGAGGACAGUGGAAGCGCUCUUUGGUUUCUUCAGGACCUUGCCACCGAGCAAGAUGCAGAAGGAAGCCUGGUGAUAGAGCAUACUGGUACCGUGGAACCUCGAGAGCUGCAGCAUAAUGAUUUGCAAGCAGUUAUCACUACUGCUGUUGGUCAAAUGGCCAUUUCCAAAGGACGACAAGGAAGAGAAGCACAAAAUUUAGUGAGGGUUUAUCUGGCAAAUUUGCGCCUUAAGCAAGUGGCUACUGAUGUUCUCAUCACUGCAUAUGAACCUAUUAUAAUCAACCCGCUCAGUGAAAGUGCGAGAACAGUUGGAGCUGGUCCUGCUGCAUCAGCUGCACAAUUCGGGUGCAUGCCUGCAUUCGACGUCUUCAAACUUGCAGUUCCAAGCUUUAAGGUCCACGACUGGAAUCUCUUUAAGGGUUAACUCAGUAUGGAAAAAUGGCCCAUGCUAAGUGAUCUGCGUUUGGAGAAGACGAUACAAUCUGAUAAAUGGUUAACUCAGUCAGUCAUUCAUUUUUUAGGUCAUGUGUCUUUUUAUUUUUUCCCAGACAUGAGUUGGAAAUAUGGCAGUCAGUCACUCAUUUUUAGGUUUUCUUUUUAUUUUUUUCCUCUCAGAUGAGUUUGUAAAUAUCGUUGGUGAUGCACAUUUUCAGUUGAAUCUUAUUUUAUGUCUACAUUGAAUUCCUAGUGAAAACUGGAAAAGGACUAAACGUCAAAUUUUGUUUA